UUAUACACAGCAACAUUCUCUGUUUGAAGAGUCUUAACUGGUUAAUUAUAAGAACAAAAUGAAGCCAAGUUUCUUGUUUUUGCUUCUUGCUCUUGUACUAGUCAAUGCUGUUAUAGUCUGCAAUGGAAGUAAGCUACUGAAAAUGAAGUACUAUCACAAGUCUUGCGAUUCGGUUGAUGAUAUUGUGAGAGAUAUUACAUGGAGGAAAGUUGCAGAAGACCCUAGUUUUGCAGCUAAGCUGUUAAGGCUUCAUUACCAUGAUUGCUUUGUCAGGGGUUGUGAUGGAUCAAUACUGUUGGAUUCAACUGAUGUGGAUAAGAAAGACAAUGAAAAGGCUGCAUUGCCAAACAGAUCUUUAUCUGGUUAUGAAUUAAUUGACGCUAUAAAGGCAAGACUUGAAGAAGAGUGCCCUGGAGUUGUGUCAUGUGCAGAUAUUCUUGCAUUAGCUGCGCGAGAUGCUAUCUCUUUCCAAUUUCGUAGGCCAAUGUGGAAUGUUUUCACGGGUAGGAAAGAUGGAAGAUUUUCCCUUUCCUCUGAAGCUACAACAGACAUGCCCUCGCCAUUUUCUAAUUUUACAACUCUUCUUAGCCAAUUUCAAAGUCACGGCCUCGACAUGAUGGACCUUGUAACACUUUCAGGAGCACAUACAAUUGGAACGACAAGAUGUGCUUUGUUAUCCAGAAGACUGUACAAUUUUACAGGGCUCGGUGAUACAGAUCCUUCACUUGAUCCAGAAUAUGCAGAAAGCUUGCGAAAUAUCUGCCCAAAUCCUUUAAUUCCAACAACACCUGUAGAAAUGGAUCCUGAAGGUUCAGGUUCUUUCGACAGUCAUUACUUUAAAAUCCUAAACGAACAUAAAGGCGUAUUUUUGUCAGAUGCUGCAUUACUCACCAACCAACAGUCAGCACAGAUGGCUAAAGAUUUAGAGAAUCCUAAGGUGUUCUUUGCCAGGUUUGCCCAAUCAAUGAAAAAAAUGAGUGAAAUAAUAACACUUGCGGAAGGUGAAGGCGAGGUGAGGCAGAAUUGCCGAGUUGUUAACUAAUGCAAGUGAUAAUUUGUAAUUUUUCCUCAGCAGUAGUUGAUAAUUGUUCUAGGAUAAUAAUUCAUUUAGCCAUUUAAGUUCUUGGCAGAACAUGUUCAGAACAAACAUCUGACAGUCUGUCUGUGCACAGAUCAUAUUUGGUGACUUGGGGUUGCAUUUUUUCCCCGGCAGAAGUAUACAUUGUUGUAGACAUUCUCAUUGUCACAAGUAUUUUACCUGAAAGGAAACUUUAAGAUCUCAAACUAUUCAAAAGCAAUACAUAUGGCCCUGUUUGGGAA